AUGAAUUCUGAUAAAAAUGAUGAAAAUCUGAACCGCCCGAAAUUCUAUCUCGCUCCCAUGGUGAGAUAUUCAAAAUUAGCAUUCCGUCAACUGGUCCGUCUGUACGAUGUGGACGUCUGCUAUACUCCAAUGAUUUAUGCGAAAAAUUUUAUUGAAUCAGAGAAGUGUCGAAACAGUGAAUUGUCGAUUUGUGAGGGAGACUCGCCGCUCAUCGUUCAAUUCGCCACCGAUGACCCGAUUGUGUUGGCUGAGGCCGCGGAAAUGGUUUAUGGAUGCUCGACAGGCGUCGAUGUGAAUUGUGGUUGUCCGAAGCAUGACGUGCGUUCGAAAGGAUUCGGAAGUGCUCUCUUAAAUAAACCGGAACUGCUCGCCGACAUGAUUCGACAGACGAGAGCACGGAUAUCGGACACUGAGUUUAGUGUCUCGUUGAAGAUUCGAGUCAAUUCGGAUAUCGAGAGAACUGUCGAUUUGUGUCGGAAGGCAGAAUCCGCCGGUGUCACCCAUCUAACCGUCCACGGUCGGACCCCGUCUCAACACGCGGAACCCAUUGAUAUUCAAGCAAUUCGGAUAGUCAAGGAGUCUGUAAGCGUGCCAGUCAUUGCGAAUGGAGGUAUCACCACUCGAGAAGAAGCCCUAUUUCUAGCCGAACAAACUGGUGUGGAUGGGAUUAUGGCAGCGAACGGAUUGUUGGAUAAUCCGGCUCUUUUUGCUGGUUAUGAGUAUACGCCGAGUGAUUGUGUUGAGCAUUUUAUGCGCCUAUCCCGAGAACACGGUCUCGACUGGCUCCUCUACCAUCAACACCUCCAAUAUAUGCUCCGCCCAUCACUCUCGGCUCAACAACGACGAGUUUUUAACGAGUUGAACGGACGACUUGCGAUUGAUCAGUUUUUGAAUAAUUUGUUGAUUUGUGAUUAG